AUGUCUGUACUAUCUCCUUUGGCUCACUCGAACAACAACCCACCUCACCUUGCCAAAAACAUUAUUGACAAAUUAGCUAUAAACCAACAAACAUCAAAUGUAUCAGCAUCACUACCAAUAACACCAACUUCUAUAGAUACACCCACUUUAGAGCGCAAUGAAGCCAACCACUACCACCUUCUCCACAAUAACAAUAACAACAACAACAACAACAGCAAUAACAAUAGCUCUGCCACCACUGCUAAACCAAAAUUCCAAUCAUUACCUAUAUCUCCACAACCUUCAAGACCUACAUCUCAGCUAAUAGGAUCUCCACGACUGGUGUUUGCUGAAGAGUUGGCACAAUUACAAAACUAUUUUGAAUGCAAGCAUGCACCAUCAUUUGAAGAUGACGAAGAGUUGGAUGAAUCUGAAAGUAUAAUAUCUGAGGCUUUCAGUAUAAUGACACCUGAUUUCACCACCACUUCAAGAAAUAACAACUAUACUGAUAAUGGAGGCAACAUCAUUCAACCUUACUGGCCUUUGCAACAACAAAGACAACAACAACAACUGCAACAACAACUUUUCUCAAGCAGUAGCACCGUGGUAACUGCAUCUUUCCUUAGUGACGUCAAACAAACUCUUCCAUCAAUCACAUCUACUGACUCACCAUCCACCAUUUUAACUUCAUUCUUCUCCAACCAAUUAUUUUAUGCUCAGAACUUGACUCAACUUCCACAGCAUUUCAUUAACCAAGAAUUUGAUAGCUUUGACCACGAUGUGGUACUCAAUCCCCACAUUCCUAGUUCCAAACAUCAUGCCAAAAUCAUUGAACAACUAGACCAAUUGUACGUUUCAUCAAUUGAAUUAGUUUCAGUUAUAACCAUGUUUAAUUGUUUUAUCGCCAAGAUUAAUCAUCAUGAAGUUGGUUUACAAUAUUUAGAACUGAUUAAAUCACAAUAUGAUAACUUGAUUAAUGACUAUUUAUGUCAACAUGUGCAUUUGAUUCUUGAUAAAAUAAUUGAUGGAUUGUAUGAAUAUAACUUGAUGAUUGAAGAAAUGUUGGAAGAGGAUGAGCGAAGCGCCAAGGACGAGGCAAAUGAUCACGAUACAAAAGAAGACGCUGCUACUGCUGCGUAUGAUACGAUUAAUGACUAUUAUAACGAAAUUGAAACGACGCUAACUUUAUCUAAUUCAAAAUUAUCUCAACAAGAUUGUGAAAAGUUUCACAAUUUAUUGAAUAAUGAAAUUAUUCAUGAUAAACAUUGGAAUGAUUACAUCACCCAUUUAAGAAAAUUUAUAGAUUAA